UUUUAUAAUAAAAUAUUUGUAAAGUAAAGACAAAGACCUCGUCUCCUGAACACCAUGGGAGGCUUCAACUAGUGUUACUCUCUCUCUCACCCAGUAUAAAUAUAAAAAGGUAACUGAUCUCUCUCCUCUUCUAUAUCCAUACACGUGCCAGUACGUGACGCAAUUCGCAGUCGUUUUAACGGUUCUUUCCAAGUCUCCACCACAGUACUCUCUUAUCAGCUUCACUAAUCACCGCUUCGGAGAAUCAUCAUCAUGUCAUUUCCAGGCGAUUCCAUUCAUAUUUCGGCGGAAUGUUCCGACGAAUUUACUCAGCAGGAUCCGUUAACGAAUUCGAAUCCUCAAGUCCAUCUCGCCAGCCUUUUCUCUGUCCAAGAGAGGAUGGAAUCUGUACAUCGAUUCUUAUCGGAAUCGGUCAACGUCAACGCUUCUCUCAGCUUUGACCAGAUGACUAUGGUGUCCUCUGAGAUCUUCUCCGCCAUUCAACGGGUAAUCGACGAUGGUUCGGCGCUUAUUGCUCUCUCUCAGACCCCAAUCGCCGCUGCUGCUUCGGAUUUUUCCAAGCCAGUCAUAGAUGUGAAAACCGAGUCGUUUGAGGAGGAAACGAGGAAGGAAGAAGAAGACGACGGUGGUGACGGGGACUUCGAGAUCGUUGAGCUCGAUUCCGUCGAAUUGCUUGCCGAACAUAUUCAUUUGUGUGAGAUCUGUGGGAAAGGGUUCAAGCGAGAUGCGAAUCUGAGGAUGCACAUGAGGGCGCACGGUAACCAAUACAAGACUCCAGAGGCCUUGAGCAAACCGGUAGAGAGAAUCCUCGAGCCGAAUAGAAAAUACCCGGUUCGGUUCUCGUGCCCUCACGUGGGCUGCAACCGGAACAAGGCGCACAAGAAGUUCCGGCCUCUGAAAUCAUCUAUCUGUGCCAAGAAUCACUUCCGGCGGAGCCAUUGUCCGAAGAUGUACUCCUGUAAUCGCUGCAACAAGAAGAAAUUCUCUGUUCUGUCGGACUUGAAAAACCAUAUGAAGAACUGCGGCGAGGUACGGUGGCGGUGCACGUGCGGGACCACUUUCUCGCGGAAGGACAAGCUCUUCGGUCACAUGGCGCUCUUCGAGGGGCACAUGCCGGCGGUCUUGGACGAUGGUGAUCCAGUCGAGAAGGGGAAGAAGCCAUUGAAUGGUAGGGAAGAGGACGAGAGUAUGGAUGAUGGGAUGAGUUUCAGAGAUGACGAUGAGCUUUUCGAGGGCUUGCUUGAUGGGUUCGGAUUCCCAAUUGAGGGUUUCUCUCUACAAGAUGUUUUGGGGUCUCCGUCUGAGUUUUGAUAAAUCAGCCUUGCAGAUGCAGUUGCAGUCAAGAAGCCUGUUCAGCUCAACAGUACACAUUCGUUUUUUCUUUCUGUUUUUUGAAAAGGGUAUUUUAACAUAGCACUGUUAUUCUACAUUAUGAUAAUAUUACUUUUUAUAGCAAAAUAACAUGGAGUUUGUGAAAAGGUGGAGUGGAGCACAAAGGGGAAGGAUGUGAUAAUAUAAAAUGACAUUUUGCCUUUUGUCAAUGCCCCGUAUUUAAAAGAAAACGGUGUGUGAUUUAUGUCGAAUGGAUUAAGUGCCUGAUGGAAAGAUAUAAGGUCACAGCCAAGUCAGUACACACAUCAGCUCAUCAUUGCAAUAUCAUUGACUCUGUGUACUCAGAAUUUGUUGUAAAUGGCUCAUCAAUUCUUGUAAUGAUUCUAGUAUAUUAUUCUUGUCAAUAUAUAUGCUAACAGAGGCCUCAGCUAA